CAGAGGUCAAAGGUUGUACUUCCGGUUCGGCGGUAAAGCGUGUGUCCUGCUUCGCCAAGUACAAACGUUUCAGCGCAGAACAAAAGUUAGUACGUUUAUUCAAUCCGGGACAGCGUUUAGAACAACAGAACAUGAGUUUACCUCUGAACCCAAAGCCCUUCCUGAACGGCCUCACCGGCAAACCAGUGAUGGUGAAGCUGAAGUGGGGAAUGGAGUACAAGGGCUACCUGGUGUCUGUGGACGGGUACAUGAAUAUGCAGCUGGCAAACACAGAAGAGUAUGUUGAUGGAGCAUUGGCAGGUCAUCUUGGUGAAGUGCUGAUCAGGUGCAAUAAUGUUCUGUACAUCAGAGGAGUAGAAGAAGAGGAGGAAGACGGAGAGAUGAGGGAGUGAUGUCGCAGAAGAGAAGAGGACUCAGCCCUGUUGUGUGAUUGAACUUCGUAGUUGAAUUAAUGUGUGUUUGUGUUUUCACCAUGUGAAACAAAUGGAUGUUUGGGGUCUAGGUUAUUUUUGAAGCGGUUUUGAAAAUGAUUUUUUUUUUUACUGUAUGUGAGGCCAAUUUUAUGUUGUGACUUUGUUAUACAUACACAAUAAAAUGAUUAUUGUACCCUUUC